CCCACCAUCAUCAUUCCCCAGCCGCCACUCGGACAUUCACAGUCAGACAUACUUCUUUGCGCCUCAAUUUCAAGAUGGCCUCGAUACCGUCCGAUGCGUUCUCUACAAUCAAGAAAAUGCACGAAUGCCCGAUGGUCAAUCAUCCGGUCCUGGACUUGGACCCAGGACGAUACAAGCGCCAGAUCGAACAUUUUGAGUACUACUGGGGCCUCGAAAAAGGAGGCAUCGACCUCGAAUCACCGCUCAACCGCAUACUCCUCCGCGCAGACAUGUCGGAGAGGCUGAAGAAACGAGAAUGGACGAUCAUGCCGACGCAAGAAACGCUGCAAGCCAUACUCAGCAUGGCCGAGCACAACAAGACCGCCACUUUGCACGAACGUCGACAUUGUCUACUGGAGCUAAAUUCGCAAGAAUACGAGUACGAUUUUGUCCCUCUCCAUCUUCUCAAGCGCGGCGGUCAUCCUUCGCUGUACGUCAAUCGCGGCAGGAGCACGAGAGCGGUUCGGGCGCCUUACAAAUCCAUGCCACGCAUCCGGUCGCAGGCCCACCCUCUGUUUGUCCUCUGGAUGGCGAGCGAAAUACUGGACACAACUGCCACCUUCGUUAUGCCCGAGGAUCAAGCAAAGGCCAUGAUGUUUCCUCUCAGUCGCAUCAUCUUGUGCUGGCUCAACGAACCCCCCGAGGAGUGGUACAUGGGUGCAAACGUCUGGAAGCCUCACCGCCACCCCCUCAGCGAUGACGGGUGCGAGGUGCGCCCCACGCUCUGCACCUCGCGGGAGACCAACGCGGCGCAAGGGGGCAAGGUGCGCCGAUCGACGCGCGCACCGUGCAGGCAGCCAAAGACGAAGGCGAGAGCUGCCUCCAAGCCCUACGCGCGACUGGACGCCCGUCAUCCCACCCAACGAACGUCUGCCCUGCCGCACCCCGGCGUCGAGUCCGCCGACGAUGUCGAAGGCGGCAUGGGUCGCGAUCGUGCGGACAUCCUCGCAUGGAUCGACGACGCUGCAUCAUCCACAUCUGGCGGUGUCGCGUGUCGACGGCGUACACGCGCGUCAUCCUCGUGGCCGUCGACGUGGCUCGAGGCGGAGGAGAAGGAGGAUGCGGAGCUGGCCCGCUAUCGCCGCGAGCGCGCCCGCGACGCCGACGACGCCCUCAAUCCGACGACCAACGUCCUUCUCGGUAGCGGCCUCAUAAUCGGCAACGGCGUCGAUUGGUCGGGGUACUCGAGCAACAACUGGGCGGCGCGCAUAUACGAUGUCUGCCUCCUUGGUCAAGACCCAUACGCGGCCGCCCCCGAGUGAUCGUUCAGGUCCAUCCCGGCAUAUCUUCCUGCUGACGCACUAUGCGCGCCAUCGAGGCUGAUCGCGACUCUUCCCGCCGUCGAGGACGCCGUCAUCGUCCCGUCCGCCCUCGUCGCUCGCCUUCGCCACUCACCAGCGCUGCAUGCAGCCUUUUCUCGCCCUCCAGGUCCAUGAGACCGGGCGUAUAGCGCUCGACUCGAGGCGGUCUGCCGCCUGCGCCAAGGGCAAGCCAGGCCCAUACUGUACAUACAGAGCGUAGUAUAGUUUGUGAUUGUUGGUUGCAAAAAUGUAGCUGUAGAUCAUCAAAAAGGACUGGCAUGCGAUUCUGCG